AGCUACUGGAAAAUGAUAAAUCAGCAGGGAAACGGGAGAACUUCUAGAAAAAUAAAAAAUAGCAGUUGAACGCUGGAUGUAUCGUGAAACGAACACUUACGAUGAACCACAAAAUUUCACAAGCUGACGGGUUUCCUACGUGUAAUCUCACAGAUAUUUAUAACUCUGAACUCUUGAUUGGAGGUGAUGCCGUCUCGCAACUUUCAAAUUUCUAUAUGGUUGCCUUGAAAACUAUGCUGGAGCCUUCUUAUAAAAUCUGGGCAUUUACUUACCGACCAAGCUGUGUUCGCCGUGUUGAUAGACAUUUUCAAGAGCUUCCACCAAAAGUGACAACAGCGAUUAUUGAAGUCGCAUUCGAUAUUGUUGGAGUUUAUUUGCCGGUUGAGCUGUCAUACGGUUCGAUUGAUAUGGAGCAUGAAUUCAUCAAAACGCUUGGAGAAGGAGCAGAACUUGAGGUUCAGCGCCGUAGGGACGAAAGAAUCACAGUGUUCAAGAACGCAGUAGAAGCCCUUGGCAAAGCAAUGAACAAUCUUCGAACAUAUCACUUUGAUAUUGCUAAAGGAGCACUAUUCAACUGCAAUAAACGAUCUUAUUGCGAGCAUCAUCUCAAGUGGGGACAGGUUCGAAAGUUCAGAGAACAGCAUCAGGAUGGAGACGUCACCAGAAGAAGUUAUCAGAUUUGCAACCGGUCAACGCAAUGAGCAUGAUGUCUCCGCUGCUGGACGAUCGGUCAAAGACUCCACCCACUGAAGCUUAAUUUUUCGUUGUUUUUUUUUGUAAUUGAUUUUUGUUGUUAACCCUGUUCAUGUUUUGUCCUUAAAUAAAUAUUUUCCACAGGAAA